GUUGUGCUAAAUGUUGGAAUAUGCUGUUGACGGGGCGUAAUCUCACUAUCUUCUGGAUCACCGAAUAAGUUCGAUGCUUUGGAUCUUGGUGAUAAUCUACUUGUUUGUGAAUUUGAGAAAUGGUCCGCUAAACCACUAGAAUAUGGUGUAGGAGUUUGACUCAAAUCGUAAGCAUUCAUGAGGUCAGUUGUACGCGGUGUAGUACCGUAGUUCACACCGUUGUACGUUUGAGAGUUAUUGUUGGAAAUUAUGGGAGCAUUAUCGUCUCUAAAUGUGCUAUUUGGCGAAUGACUAGCAAGUAGAUACCUUGCAGGCGAUAAGCCUAUACCAACUUUCGUGAAUGAUGAGUUUGACCGACUUGUCCGAAUGCGUUCAGGUGCACUACCGAGAAGGGGUGUUAGUGUCGUAUCUGUUGAUUGAUUUCUUUGCGGACCAUCCUCAAUACCAGCGGAUAAGUUCGAAAAGUGGUCACUUUGAGGGGCGCAACUAAGGAAGUAUACACCACAGAAAGAUACUGUUAAGCCAGAUAACAAAAUCAAGUAAGGGAAUGUUUGAAUAUCUUUGAAAAGCAUGGAUGAGCCCAGUAUAACGGAUAUAGUGAAAAAGAUAUAUUGUAUUGGUAUGACGAUCUUUGAAUCAAAUUUGUUUAAUGCCUUAUUAAGGAAAUGUACCUGAGCUGCUGCUGUGAUUAGGAGAACCGAUAAAGCCAGGUAUGCGACUUUAUGGCGGAACGCAUCUGCAAAGUUAUGCACUAGUAAGCUACUCAGAGCUUUAGUAGAUAUAACAGUGAGACCACCAAAGAGCGCGCAAAUGGAUACAUCAAUAGUCACACUCUUUUGUCCUAUUGGCUUGUUUGAUAAACUAAUAAGACCUAUGAUCGCGAUGAGCAAAGAUACUACGUAAAUUUGGAAAGUUGGAUGGGUGAUCCCCUCUAGUAGUUCCUCAUAGUCAAUUUGUCCGUCUCUAUUUUUAUUUGACGCAAUCAAAACAAACGCGCCGAUGAUGCACAAACUUGAUCCUAGUAUUUCUUGCAGUCCAAAGUGUUCUUUUAAAAGUAAUGGAGAGAAAAGACAGUUGGCUACAAGUGCAACACUACCAAGUGGUGCAACAAGCGGCGCAGGCGAUAAUCCAUAUGCUAUAAAGUUACUAGACUCUCCCAAAGUGGUAAGCCCUAAUCCAAUCCAAAAUGUACCACUUUUGAGAUACUUCGCGUCAUUCUUAAUAGCUUUUACGACUGAAUCCCUCAAGUUUAACAGUAAUAGUUUUAGAGAAUUGUCAGAUGUAGGUUUAAUUGUCGCUCUAUCAUCAUCUUCAGCAGGCAGGACUUCAUCAUCUCCAGUUCUAUUAACAAAUGUAGUACCAGAUUCAAUUUCAGAAGACGUUAUCUGCAAAUGCGAUAAUUUCUGAAAGUUCAGCCCUAACGCUAUGACGAUGUUUCCCAAUAGUGCCAAAGUUACUCCUAUUAAAUUGCCUUGCAUAUCAUCACCGUUGAUUAGAAGAACUACAAAAAGGCAAUAGCAGGAAAGGGAAAUAUCAUAGUACGAUCUCUAUACACUUAACUAUAUAUAACUAUCGGAGCACACAUAACGGAUCGCCGUCGGAAAGAAGUCACCCGCAUAUAAAUUUUUCCGUUUACUAUUAAUUGGUGUGGCUACUUCCGUUUAAUAUCACUAUCAUGGAUCCAUACAACAAGCCACAAGGACCUUCACCACAUUAUUCACUUUACCAACGUGAAUUGUUCGCCAAUGGCCCUGAAGGCAAAUUGCCGUCAAUUAGUUCACACCCCGAGAAAUUGCAACACGAUGCGAGAAAGAACUUAACUGACAAGGGUUACUGGUAUAGCUCUUCUAACGCUGGACUAGGUUGGACACAUCAUGCUAACAGGGAAGCUUUCUACAAACAUAAAAUUAUCCCUAAAACGCUCCAAGACACAAACACCAGAGAUCUUACAACUGAAAUUUUUGGUCACAAGAUUCCUGCGCCUAUUAUGUUCGCUCCUAUUGGUAUAAAUAAGAUUUAUCACCCUAAAGGUGAGCUCGCGGCUGCUACAGUUGCGGGUGAACUCGGUCUUCCAUAUUGCUUGUCAACAGCUGCGAGCUACUCAAUUGAGGAAGUUGCAGAGGCACAUGAGAAAUCUGCCUCUAAAAAGAAUGAAUCAAACUCUGUUAAUUCAUAUAGCGGUAGCAAACGAGAACUUGAGACAUCUGGUCCACGUUUCUUCCAAUUGUACGCAAGUCAAGAUAGUGAUGUUACUGAGUCCCUCCUCCGCCGUGCUUGGGCGUCAGGAUUUGAUUCGGUGAUGAUCACUACAGACACGCCUCAGUUGGGAUUGAGAAUGACCGACACAGAUAUAGCUAACUACGCCUUUUAUUAUGGUGACUUGGGUAAUGAAAUGGGUCUCAGCGAUCCUGUAUUUAUGAAGAAGUACGGCGAUGAUCUUAAGAAAGACUCAUCACGCUGGAUUGAUCAUUCAGUUUGGCACGGUAAACCAUUAACGUGGGAAAAGGUUAAAGAUAUAUGCAAAUUCUGGCACGAAUUGUCUGGUGGAAGACCAUUUGUUUUGAAAGGUAUUCAAUCGGUAGAAGAUGCUGAAACUGCGUUGUCAAUCGGUUGUGACGGUAUCGUCGUAACGAAUCAUGCUGGUAGACAAGUUGAAGGUGCAGUUUCUAGUCUAGAAGUCCUCCCAGACAUAGCCAAGGCUGUCGGUGAUAAAUGCACAAUUCUUUUCGAUUCAGGUAUCAGAACAGGUAGCGACAUCAUGAAGGCGAUUGCAUUGGGUGCACAUGCUGUCAUGAUUGGCAGAAUGUGGGUUUGGGGCUUGUCUGCUGGAGAAGCUGGUUGCAGACACGUAGUCAGAUCACUAUUAGCAGAUCUAGAUAUCAACAUGACAGUUAGUGGAUAUAGGAGCUUGAGAGAUCUAAAGCCAACCAUGCUUAAAUAUGAUCCAAAUGGCCAGCUGCCAGCAGGGUUAGCUGAACCAUCGAUCAUGUAAUGAAAUAUAACAAGAUUAAUAAAAGGGAGAACAAAUGAAUGUUGUAAAAUCAACUGUAAUUAAUGAAUUUUCUACUUGU